CCAACUUCCAGCCAAUUGGAGCCCAGGUUUUCCCAUCCAGCUCCUGCAGCCGCCUUUGACUCCGCCCCUCUCCUCCAGGAGCCAGCCGGGGCGGCCCGAGUCAGUGCAAAAUGCUGGGCAUGUACGUGCCGGACAGGUUUGCUCUGAAGUCGUCUAAAGUUCAGGACGGGAUGGGGCUCUAUACGGCCCGGAGAGUGAAAAAGGGUGAAAAAUUUGGCCCGUUUGCAGGAGAAAAGCGAAUGCCUCAAGAACUGGAUGAAAACACAGACUGCAGACUGAUGUGGGAGGUUCGAGGGAGUAAAGGCGAGGUCCUUUAUGUUCUGGAUGCUAGCAAUCCACGAUAUUCUAACUGGCUGCGUUUUGUCCAUGAGGCACCAUCACAGGAACAAAAGAACCUGGCUGCCAUCCAGGAAGGUGAAAACAUUUUCUAUCUCGCUGUUGAAGAUAUUGAAACGGAUACAGAGCUGCUGAUUGGCUACCUUGAUAGUGAUAUGGAAGAAGCGGAGGAGGAGGAGGAGGAGGAAGUGAUCCUUAACCAAGAAGAUGAAGACAAUACUACUACUACUAAUAGUAACAACAGCACUAAAGAACUACAACAAGCUGGUGAGAAAGAUUCUCUCAGCUGCAAAGAGGACCACACAUGUCCAAAUUGUGAAUCCAGUUUUGCCAGCCAGGAGAUCCUAGCUGAACACCUUCAGACGCUGCACCAAAAACCUAGUGAGGAAAAGGAAUUUAAGUGCAGGAACUGUGGAAAGAAAUUCCCAGUUAAACAAGCCUUACAAAGACAUGUCCUUCAGUGCACAGAGAAUGUCAAUCCAGGAGACACUUCAAGAAGUUUUCAGUGUUCUGUUUGCAAUACGUCCUUCAGCUCAGAGUCGAGUUAUGAGCAGCACAAAGAAGCAUGCAGAGGGGAUGCUAGAUUUAUAUGCAAGGCUGAUAGCUGCGGGAAGAGGUUCAAGAGUAAGGACGCUCUGAAAAAGCACAAGGAAAAUGUUCACACUGGAAAUUCUAGGAAGAAGUUGAUGUGCUCUGUGUGCAAUAAGAAGUGUUCCUCAGCUACAAAUCUUCAAGAGCAUCGAAAGGUUCAUGAGAUCUUUGAGUGUCAGGAAUGUGACAAGAAAUUUAUUUCAGCUAACCAGCUAAAACGCCAUAUGAUAACUCACUCAGAAAAACGCCCCUACACCUGCGAGGUUUGCAAUAAGUCCUUCAAACGACUUGACCAAGUGACUGCACACAAAAUAAUACACAGUGAAGAUAAACCUUAUAAAUGCAAGCUUUGUGGAAAGGGAUUUGCCCACAGAAAUGUUUACAAGAAUCACAAGAAGGUACAGCACAGACAGCAGCACUGCAAGCUUCCCCACAGUGUCUCAUCAAUAUGUCUCAACCCUGUUCUGGAGGAACCACCUAUUGAGACCCACUCUGAAGAGAGACCAUUCCAGUGUGAGGAAUGCAAGGCUUUGUUCCGCACCCCAUUCUCUCUGCAGAGACACCUACUAAUACAUAACAGUGAGAGGACCUUCAAGUGUGAUCACUGUGAUGCUACUUUCAAAAGGAAGGACACGUUAAAUGUUCACAUCCAAGUUGUGCAUGAUGGACAUAAAAAAUAUAAAUGUGAUCUGUGUGACAAAGCCUUUGUUACACCUUCUGUGCUUAAGAGUCAUAAAAAACACUCCUAUCUACCAGUCCAUAGAGCGGCAUUGGUGUCAGCUUUAGAAGAGGCCACUUGCUCACCUUCCUGGCCAGAGACACACACAGGGGAAAAGGAGAAAAUUUGCCCAUAUUGUGGACAGAAGUUUGCAAGCAAUGGAACAUUAAGAGUUCAUAUUCGGAGUCAUACAGGUGAGCGCCCUUACCAGUGUCCUUACUGUGACAAGGCUUUCAGCAAGAAUGAUGGACUAAAGAUGCACAUUCGCACCCAUACAAGGGAAAAGCCAUACCAGUGCUCUGAGUGCAACAAGGCUUUCAGUCAGAAGCGGGGUCUGGAUGAGCACAUGAGGACCCAUACUGGAGAGAAACCGUUCCAGUGUGAUGUUUGUGAUUUAUCCUUCAGCCUGAAGAAAAUGUUGAUCCGACACAAGCUGACUCACAAUCCCAAUCGUCCAAUGGCUGAAUGCCAGCUUUGCCACAAGAAGUUUACAAGAAAUGACUACCUCAAAGUGCACAUGGAAAAUGUCCAUGGAGAAACUGACAGCUAACCAUGGCUUAUGCAAGAAGAGUGUGUCUAGUGUUCAAGAGUGUUCCAUUUGUACAUGUACAAACUCCAGACUUCUCACCUGAUGACUGAGCAGAGACAGGAAAAAUAACUGUAAUAUGUUCAUAAUCUUUUUUCCAUUUGGCUUUGUGUUUGUUACUAGAUU